UUUCAAAAGAAUAUGCUGUCAAUGAAAUCCUCAUGGAGGACUGUUAAUGGGAAUGGUUUAUCGCUUUGUAUGCUGUGCUAUUUGUUCCUCAUUGAUAUAUUAAUUUCCUGUUGCUUCGUUAAACUGAAUCUUAUUAUUGUUAUUAUCUUUUUUCAUUUGAUUUAUAUGUUUUGUAUGUUGGGUGUUCAGGACCAUUACCAGUUUUUCAAAUGCUUCUGGGACUAGUUUGUAGUGAAAAGCAGGAUGGAUAUAAUGAUCUUUUAACAUCACUGCUUGGGCUCUUUGCUGUGUUGACUCGAUGUUAACUUGUGUGGGAUUUUAGUUUUACUGAUGUUGACAUCAAUUAAGGGUACACAAUUGCUUAUAAUGAUAAUGGCUGCUCAUGUAAAAUGGCCACUCGUAUUUGAAUCUGAUGUGAAUAGGGGGACGGGAUAAGUAUAGGAGACUUUUCCCGUUAAGAGUUGUUGCUUAUAAAUAGGCAACCCUAGUUUAGCUGUUGACAGACCAUACACAUAAUUUGUGAGAUGAUAUAACCAGGCUACUAUGGUUGUGCCCAAAGUGUGUUCCACAGGUCAGAUAAACAGAGUCCUCAAAGUGUGCGGCCAGUUAUCCAGUGUAGUAACGAGGGAGAACUUUACAACCACGUGCUGUUGCUGUAAAGCUUUUGAUCAGCGAUGGAGUCUGGCUUGGUUAGAACUCAAGAUGAUAAGGAGGAGAGCAGCACAGGAAUUGAAGAAUCUGAAUCUGCCAAAAAUGAGGUGACUCAGAAGGAUUACCCUAAACAAAGUCUGGGUUCUCUGGAAGACAUGUCACGAGCUAACACUGGGGAUCUCAAAGGAGGGAAAAAUGUCUCACAGGGUGCAGUUCAGGCAAAUGAGGAUGCUUCUGGGGAUGUAAACAUGGAGGCUUCCAUAUCUUUUGAUGAUGCGGUAAGGGCUGGAGGACUUGGAGCUAGAGACGACAUAGGUAGUUUUCUUCCAGUUGCAAGCUACUCUACUGACUUUGAGGCUUCUCUUCUUGAUGCCCGAGACUAUGAGGAGACACAUGAAAAGAAAUGCAGACCAGGUCUUGGAUGGACAGAAGCCACUAGUAAGACAUUUUGUUGUUAAUAUUGGGAAUGGGGUUGUCGUGGCUCACUCCUCUAGUAUCCCUGCUUUUUCGGCCCCUGGUUGAUGUUGACAAUGUAGUUCACAUAACCUUAGUAGGAAGAACUGCCUCCUCUUAGUAGCUAAUUGAUAUCGUAGUUGAACAUAUGACGAGAAUUUUCUUAAUGGUAUAAUUCCUGAAGAACUGUUUUUUUUUUUUUUUUACUGUUGUUAUUUGGAGGAGGCAUUGUAAUACUAAAACUUGUUUGAGGCUUUAAUGGCGUGGUCCUUUUUACAGUUUCUUAUUGUCCUGAGGAAACUGAAAUGCAUCAAAAUCUCAACAAAAAAUGUCAAAAAACACUCCUAUGCUUCUAUUAUAAGGAAACAUAUGAAAGUACAAACAUUAUAUAUUCAAUAG